AUGAACGAUCCCUUGCAAGAAGCUGUCGACUCGCUCGACCCUGUCUCCCGAGAACUCCUCCCGCAGCAUAUAGGUUUAGGAACCCUAGUACCUCUAAAGACCAUUCUAGAGCUGCGUGACAACCUUUGUCUUGGCCUGGCAUAUGUUACACGAGCACCUAACAAAUCUACUAAUGACGUUGUGAAUGUCGCGCGAGCUCUUGCCGGUGAUGAUGCAGCUAAUAACCUCCCUCACCUGCGCCGAUGCGUAAAACCCUGCGACUUACCACCCCAUCUCAAAUCACAAUUCAUGAAUGAAGGAAACGGUCGACAAGUCCACCUCGGCAAAUCCAACUGGCUCUAUAUUGUGCUUGGUCCUGUGGAUAGGAUGCCGUACGAAGAACUAGUGAACGGUCUUAGCGCCAUUGAUGACAUUAGGGAUGACAUCUUCGUGACGACGGUCCCAGUUCCCCUGAUGGCUCCCACCUCGCAGAUCCAAGCCAACAUGUGGUCUCAGCAGUUUUGGCAAACUGUUUAUCGCAAGAACAACCCACUCGGUCCUCACCCAAGCACUAUAUCUCGAUCUGAGACCAAUGUGUCCCGCGACGUCCGAAUAUGGAUGACACUGGCACACGAAGUUGCCAAAAAGGCAGAGAUAUCUGGCCUGGGAGAGCCCAUUGGUGCCAUCAUCGUUAAGCGGACUAUUCCUGGAAGGCCCGAUCCUGUGAGGGCCACCCCAGCGAACCAAGGCCCCAACCAAGGUCCUGCUGAAUCUGAUUCCAACAAUGAAGGUACCGCGGUUGAUGCCGGCAACGCCGUGGAGGCUCCUGCUGCAGGUGACGUCACUGGUGACACCAACCAGUUGGAUGUCUCAAACGCCGAGAAUCAGGGUGAUGCUCAGCCAGGACCUGAACCUGAACCGAGAGAGACAACCCAGAUUGUCGCUCUCGCAGCUGAUGCUCGCUGGCACCAGCAAGAAAGGACCGGACAUACUGGUAACCCUAUGGCCCACGCAGCACUCCGAGCAAUCAGUAUGGUGGCCCAGAAGUUAGUUAGGGCUGAAGAGAGGCCUAAAUCUGAACCACGAGUUAUGGAGUUCGAGGCAUUCCAGGACAAACCCCUCCUCGACGAUGAGCAGAUUGUAUUUAACGCCGAUCACCCUUGUCCUGAUGGCUACUUGUGCCACGAAUUAGAACUAUACAUGACUCACGAGCCAUGUAUCAUGUGCGCUAUGGCUAUCUUGCAUUCACGCAUGGGACGAAUUGUCUUCCGCCAACGUAUGCCAUUGACGGGCGGCAUGUGUUCCGAGGAUCGAAGUCAUGAUGCGUGCGCAACCUCGGGAACUUGUCAGACUGGCUUGUGCGGUGGAGGCCAGGGACUCGGACUUCACUGGCGCAAAGAGUUGAAUUGGACUCUGCUGGGAUGGGAGUGGGAGUCCGACAACAUUGAGACGUUGGUGGUCGACGCGCACCUACAUGCGUAAGCAUUUUUCGGUAACGAUGAACUCACAAGUUUGGUUUUGAGGCAAGCAGAGGAGUUAGGUAGUCCUCCUGCCACAAUUUGGCAUUACUGAUGGGGUUUAACAUUACACGAGGACGGGAAAAGAAGGUACCGCAGCUAGGCUAUGGCAUUUGUUUUAUUCUCGUUCCUAUAUUGCCUAGGUUGAUUUAAGGC